AUUUCAGUGUUUCGAAGCUACUUAUUGAGUCAGGAUGCAAGGUCAACAUGCGGGACAACGAAGACAAAACGCCACUUUAUUUAGCAGUUCAGAAUAAACAUGAACACGUGGUCAAACUUUUGCUUGAAAGCAAUGCUGAUGUCAAUAUGCGAUACAUUCAGGAUCCAAAAGAGAGAGUUUACAUUGUUCGCGGGAAAGACAAGGGAAGACCAACCUGGUAUUGUGUCAUGGUGGAGAAAUCUUUAUUGGGUUCAUUUUUGAAACGGACUAGCGGGGGCAGGCUUGACGUAGCAGACUUCGGAACUGUUCUUAAAUCUGGGUGGGGAGAAAAUCCUUCUGACAGCACCAGAGAGGAAAUGAGUAAUAAAGCACGUGCUCUGUAUAAAGAGGUGCAAGGCAAUGCACUGCUGCAUCAAGCGUGUGAAAAUAACGACACCCAACUUGUGAAACUACUUGUGGAACACGGAGCAGAUAUCAAUUGCCGAGAUACUGAAGGUUUCACUCCUUUGCACGUUGCAGCGAUCCAUGGUAACAUGCAAAUUGUCAAAAAGUUUGUCGAGCUUGGAGCUGACGACAACUUGACCACACUGGAUGGAAAAGAUGCAGCUCACUUGGCUGAAUUGAACGAAGAAACAGAAAUUGAAGAAUUCCUCAAAUCAAAUGAAAGACGCGUUGGGGUGAAGGCUGUUACUUUGCAAGAAACUGCGAAAGAAAAGAAGUUCAGUACAGACGCUUCUGUUGAUCGCGCAACGGCAGAAAGAUUUAUUCCUAGCGGUUUGUAACAUAAUCCUAAGGAAGAAAAACCGCCCUGCAAUUACACUGAAUUAAAUAAUUCUGCAGUUUGAGAACCCUGCAGUUUAUUCCUGAC